AUGCAUCUUGUCCUCUCCCGUCUCGAGCCGCAGGACCUCGACGCAAUCGUCCCCAUGAUGUUUGAGUCGUUCCGCAAGAUCGACCUGGCCAAUGUGUUCUUUGGGCGAAAAUCUCCGGCAAGCUACGCAUACUCGAAAAGGACGCUCCUGGACGGCUUGCAGAAUGACCCCGCAGACGUGUUUCUCAAGAUCGAGGAUCUGGAUGCGGAGGUCAACGUGGAUGUGCUUGAUGAGCAGGGUCAUGCGGUUGCCACGGAGCGGAGGAGAAGAAUCGUCUGUGCAAGCAACUGGAAGAUCUUCCCUACCUACGUGACCCCCAAGGAGCAGCAAGACAGGGCGAAGAACAACGAGAGGCAAACCAGUGGCGAGGCCGGCACAACCACGAAAGAGGAAUCACAAAAAGAAGCCGCAUUUUCCUAUCUCGAAACCGAGCAGGAACGAGCUGAUGCCGCUUUCUUGAUGGAGGACUUUCUUACCCGCCGCCGGCGCGAAUGCACAGAAGGUCACGUCCUCUGUUUCUUGCUCUUCACAGACCCCGACUAUCAGGGCAAAGGGUGUGGACGCAUGAUGAUGCAGUGGGGAAAUGAUGUGGCCGACGCACUGAUGCUGCCCUGUUGGAUUGAAGCUUCUCCGGAAGGCGAGCUGCUCUACAAGCAGAUGGGCUACGAAGGGAGGGAGAGGGUGAAGAUUCAGACGAAGCACUUUUUGAGCGAAUAUCUACACAUGCGACGCCCAGCUACGGUAGGAAGGGUCAGACUCGAAGGAAAGACCACCCCGUUCGCCUUCCUCAGAGGCCGCGCCACCUGGACGUGUCCUCGCUGCAAGAACCUCCAGAAUCCCUUCGACAAGCCCCGGAGAGGGUUCACCUCUAGCCGAAGACCGGUCAGGGUAGUGAGACCGCGCCAGGCCGUGUACUGGGCGGCAGCAGGUGGAUCUGCAGGUGCAAGUCUGUUACUGUUCGGAGACGACAUCAAGCAUGGCUGGCUCGCCGCAGAGAGGACCGGAAGGGUGGUUACGACGUUGGCGGUGUGUAUAAAUGACUACCGUGUGACGCUCAACGAACAGCACGACGACCCGGAAGAGCACAACAGAAGCCUCAAGGCUUGCCACAAACGAUGUGCCGAUCGGACGCUGAAGGCCAUGGAGGCAAACGGGUCAAUAUUCAUAAAGCUGGGCCAACACAUCUCGUCGAUGGGGUAUCUGCUCCCCACCGAGUAUACCGAGACCUUUGUUCCCUUGCAGGACAAAUGUCCCGUCUCAUCCUACGAGUCCAUUGAAGAGAUGUACCUGAAAGAUACGGGCCAUCGGAUAGAGGACCACUUUGACGACUUCACGAAGGAUCCAAUUGGGGCAGCGUCGCUGGCGCAGGUGCACUUGGCCGUGAUGAAGGACACAGGUCAGAGAGUGGCGGUCAAGGUGCAACAUCCCAGUCUCGAAGAGUGGGUGCCGCUGGAUCUAGCUCUGACAAGGUUCACCUUUCGCACAUUGAAAAGAGCCUUCCCUGACUACGACCUAGAAUGGCUGAGCAAUGAGAUGGACUUUUCUCUGCCGCAAGAGCUGGAUUUCCGGCUGGAGGGGCAGAACGCCAUGUAUGCGAAACAGUACUUCGAACGACAUACUCGGUUCCCACUCGUUAUACCUCAGGUGAUAUCAGCCAACAAAAGAAUUCUCGUUAUGGACUAUGUUAUGGGAGCGAGGGUAGAUAAUCUGCCCUACUUCAAAGAACACAACAUCUCGCGGGCCGAAGUGUCGGCGACGCUGGCGCGGAUCUUCAACGUCAUGAUCUUUUCGAAAGGUGCCCCAUUGCAUUGUGACCCUCACGCCGGAAACAUCGCCAUUCGCCACAAUCCGAAGAGGAGGUAUCCGUACAACUUUGACGUCAUUCUCUACGAUCAUGGUCUCUACCGAAUGCCAGACGACAAGUUGAGGAGAGACUAUGCGAAACUGUGGCUUGCGGUUAUCGAUGCAGACGAGGCGAAAAUGCGGAAAUACGCCUACGAAGUGGCGGGUAUUGGUGACAAAGAAUUUCCCUUAUUCGCCUCCGCCAUCACGGGCCGUGACUAUCGAGUGUUGACUCGCAAAGAGAUCACCACUUCAGUACGGGACGACGUGGAAAAGGAAAACAUUGGCGAGGUUUUUGGACAAGACCUUCUCGCGCAACUUGUCCAGCUGUUGGGUCAUGUGCCUCGCAUCAUUCUUCUCAUCCUGAAGACGAACGAUCUCACGAGAAGUCUCGACGAGGCAUUGGGCUCGACUCAGCCAAUGAGGCCAAUGCUCAUCUUGGCCAAGUACGCGAGUUGGACGGUCUGGCAGAACGAAAAGGACAUGAUCCGACGGAGGGGGAGUUUUCUCCGUCCGCAGAACUUUUGGAGGCUGUUACGGGCGUGGGUGAGCUUCAUGAGGGUGGAGUUGAAGCUGUUUGGGUAUGAGCGGUAUUUAUCUAUACGACGACACUUGGGUCUCGACGAGUGA